GUUGACUCUAGGAACUGCAAACCAAACAUACAUCACAAUGAACUCCUCCGUGCUUGUUGCAUUCUUCGCUCUCUUCGCCGUCGCCAGUGCCGGUUUGUUGCCUGCCGCCCCCAUCGUAUCUGCCUACUCUGCUCCUCUAGUAGGUGCCGGAUUAGUCGGUGAACAAACCGUAGUAGCAGGGCCCUCAGGAACCAUCGCCACAGGAAGAACCCUUGCCGCCCCCGCCGUUGCAGCAUAUGCCGCUCCCGCUGUUGCUGCUUACAGCACUCCCAUUGUAUCUUCUUAUGCCGCCCCCGCUGUUGUAGCUCAAACUGCAAACCAAACAUACAUCACAAUGAACUCCUUCGUGCUUGUUGCAUUCUUCACCCUCUUCGCUGUCGCCAGCGCCGAAAUUUUGCCAGGGGCGCCCUUGGUGUCCGCCUAUUCCGCCCCUGUAGUGUCUGCCUAUUCUGCUCCCGUAGUAGGCGCUGGAUUAAUCGGUGAACAAACCGUAGUAGCAGGACCCUCAGGAACCAUCGCUACCGGAAGGACCCUUGCCACCCCCGCUGUUGCAGCAUACGCCGCCCCUGCUGUGGCUGCCUACAGCGCUCCCAUCGUGUCCUCUUAUGCCGCCCCAGGUGUUGUAGCUCUCGGUGAACAAACCGUAGUAGCAGGACCCUCAGGAACCAUCGCCACCGGAAGGACUCUUGCCGCUCCCGCUGUUGCAGCAUACGCCGCUCCCGCUGUAGCUGCCUACAGCGCCCCCAUUGUGUCCCCUUACGCCGCCCACGGAGUUGUAGCUCGCACCAUUUGGUAGAUGUUUGUGAUGUAAUGUUGUUGUGUUCGAGUUAAUAAAUGUAUUUUUAAAAACACUUAUCUUA